AUGGGUGUAACCGGGCUGUGGACAGUCGUCCAGCCCUGCGCACGACCUAUCAAACUCGAAACGCUCAAUAAACGGCGCCUAGCAGUUGAUGCGUCAAUUUGGAUAUACCAGUUCCUUAAAGCGGUGCGAGACAAAGAAGGCAAUGCGCUGCGCAAUUCUCACAUUGUUGGAUUCUUCCGCCGGAUAUGCAAACUUCUAUACUUUGGGAUUAAACCUGUCUUUGUCUUCGAUGGCGGGGCACCGCUGUUGAAAAGGCAGACUAUCGCUAGUAGACAUAAGAGACGGGAGGGGCGGAGAGAGGAUGCUGCGAGGACGGCAGGGAAGUUACUUGCUGUGCAGAUGCACAGGAGUGCAGAGGAAGAGGCGGCACGGCAUAGGAAUAGGGCGGCUAGGGAAGAAGAGGAGGUUCCUGAUAACCCAGUGUAUGCUGAAGAGGCAUUCAUGACGGACAGGGAGAAACGACAGGCUCGGCAGUUUAGGAAGAAGGACGCCUAUCAUCUUCCGGAACUUGAAAUCUCGCUUGAGCAGAUGGGUGCGCCGAAUGAUCCGCGUAUUAUGUCUCAUGAGGAACUAGAGGAGUAUGCGCAGCAGUUUUAUAGGGGUGAAGAGAUCAAUCUCUACGACUUUUCUAAGAUCGACUUUGACAGUCCGUUCUUUAUGAGUCUGCCCGCUACCGAUCGGUAUAAUAUCCUUAAUGCUGCGAGGCUCAGGAGUCGACUGCGUAUGGGCUAUUCCAAGGAACAGUUAGACAACAUGUUCCCGGACCGCAUGGCGUUCUCCAAGUUCCAAAUCGAACGUGUGAAGGAAAGAAACGAUUUGACGCAACGACUGAUGAACAUCAACGGCAUGAAUGGGAUGGAUGCUUUCUACGACUCGGGACAAAGGAUUGCAGGAGAACGUGGCAAGGAGUAUGUUUUGGUGAAAGACCCCACCAACGAGGGCGGUUGGGUACUUGGUGUCGUGGGCAACAAGGAUGAAGGCGGGGCUGAAAAGCCUAUUGAUGUUGACCAAUACGGACAGCAAGAGGUGUUUCCUGACAUGAGAGAGUCGGAUGAUGAGGGGGGUUUCGAGGAUGUGCCUAUUGAAGGGCUGAACAGACUCCCGAGGUUAUCGUUUCUUCAGAAGGGUGCCUUUGACGAGUCGAUUAAGGCUCAACGAGAGGUACCUGAUGCAGUCGAGGACGAUUCGCUUUUUGUACAAAGUGACCUGGAAGAUCGCCAUGGUAUUGACAAUAUCUUCGAGGACGGGAACGAAGAUGAAGACCUUCAGAAGGCGAUUGCGAUGUCAUUAGAAGCAGCUACGGAAGCUCAAGAGCACGAUGAUCUCCCAGAGAUUUCAAUCAAUUCUAAUACUACAGCACCGGCACCACUUGGAUCAACGGAACCCAGUUUUAUGCCUCCGGAGAGCGAUGGUGAGGAAAUGGAUUUCGCGGCUGCACUAGCGCAGACAAAACGACCGAAAAGAGACGCACCGCACCCCGUGCCUGCUAAUCCAUUCGGAGGACCCUUGCCAUUCGAAUCCAUCAAACUCAAGCCAAGUGCAGAAAAGCGGCAAGACAAGGCCAUUGACGAAGAUGCGGGUGGUUUUGUGAAAGAGCCUGCUCCGUCUACUGGAAAAGGCAAGGAGCAGUUGCCGCUGCCGCCGUGGUUCUCUGCUGAACACACGAGUGCCGAGUUUGUCCCUGACAAAGUCGAUAAUACUUCGCUGGAGGGCUACCGGGACAGCAUCAUGACACCGAACCGUCAGUCAUUGAAGGAUUAUCGGUCGCCGGAUGUCAUUGACGUUGAUCAGGAGCCAGAGUCCAAGGAAGUGAUUGAUCUUGAGGCUCCCGCAGAGAAGGGAACUGCUGAAGCUACUGGACUACCAACUGCAGACAAAGAAAAUGUUACAAACGUGGCGCCGGAAGAGGCUCAAAUAUUGCUGCCACAAGAGGAUGACAUUACAGACGAAAAGCCUUACGAAGGACCUACAGAAACUAAGAAGCCAAGCCCCGUCGUUCAAGAGGACAUUGGACGUAUAGAGCCAUCCCCGUCGCCGGAGUUCGAGGAUGUUACAAUCCAGCCACAAAAAGCACCUAGCAUUGAAUUUAAGCCUCAACCACUUGCUGAGUUUAAUCAGCAAGAUUCCCUCUUUGUAGAAGAAGGAGAUGAAGAAAGAGAGCAACAGGAAACUGCGAUUGAUCUAGAGGAUGAAGACUUGAUGCGACAACUUGCAGCAGAAGACGAGGAACAUGCUCGCUUCGCAGCCACGCUGAAUCCCACAGUACCUGGCCAAAGUGCUGCAGAGUACGAACAAGAACUCAAACAGCUGCGCUCCCAGCAGAAGAAGGAUCGCAGAGACGCAGACGAGGUUACACAAGUCAUGAUCUCUGAAUGUCAGCAGUUGUUGACGCUUUUUGGGUUGCCGUAUGUUACCGCGCCUAUGGAAGCCGAGGCGCAAUGCGCAGAGCUGGUCUCCCUCGGCCUUGUCGACGGUAUCAUCACCGACGACAGCGAUAUCUUUCUCUUUGGAGGAACGCGCGUGUACAAGAAUAUGUUCAAUCAGAGCAAGUUUGUGGAAUGUUAUCUAACAUCAGACAUGGAGAAGGAAUACGCGCUUCACCGGAAGAAACUCAUCAGCUUCGCCCAUCUCCUCGGAAGCGACUACACGGAAGGCAUCCCAGGAAUAGGGCCCGUGACAGCACUAGAAAUCCUCACUGAAUUCUCCAGCCUCGAAGAAUUCCGCGACUGGUGGACACAAGUCCAACUAGGCACAGAUAUGUCCACCUCCACCCACCAAACCUUCUACAAGAAAUUCAAGAAACACGCCUCCAAAAUCUUCCUUCCCCGCUCCUUCCCCGACACUCGCGUGGAAGACGCCUACCUCAAGCCCGAAGUCGACUCCGACCCAUCCCUAUUCCAAUGGGGCGUGCCCGACCUGUACGGACUCCGAAACUUCCUCAUGGCCACGAUUGGAUGGAGCCAGGAACGCACGGACGAGGUUCUGGUGCCGGUGAUCCGCGAUAUGAAUAAACGGGAGCAGGAAGGGACGCAGGCUAAUAUUACGAGCUUUUACCAUGGGCCCACGGGGGCGGGGGCAUUUGCGCCGAGGGUCCGGAAUGGGGGGAAGAGUCGGAUGGAAAACGCGUUUAGUCGACUGCGACAGGAGGCUGCUACGGGUCAGAUUGUUAAUGGAGAUAUCAUUGAUGCUGAUGUCGAUGUCGCUGUCGAUGCAACAUCGGGAGACAACCCUUCUCCACGUUCCCCUUCUCCUGGGCGUACCUCGGGGCGGAAGGGCAAGGGAAAGGGGACGAAGCGAGGCACCACCACCGCGUCCCAGGUCGAUGAUGAAGCGACAAGUAAAAAGCGGAAAACCAGACGGAGCAAAAAUUGA